AUGGCUGCUGGGGCCGGCGAGCCGGUGCUGCCGUCCAAGGGCGUGUGCGUGGUUGGGGGCGGCAUGGCCGGUCUGGCCGCGGCGCGCGAGCUACGGCGGGAGGGCCACGCCGUCACCGUCAUGGAGCAGAGCGGCGACGUCGGCGGGCAGUGGCUGUACGACCACCGGACCGACGCCGAGGACCCGCUCGGCGCCACGGCGCCGGUGCGCGUGCCCAGCAGCAUCUACGCUUGCCUCCGCCUCAUCAGCCCGCGCGAGGCCAUGGGCUUCUCCGACUUCCAGUUUUUUCCCACGGACGGGGAGGGCCGCGACCCGCGCCGCUUUCCAGUCCACGGCGAGCUGCACUGCUACCUCCGGGACUUCUGCGACGCCUUCGGGCUCAUGGACACCGUCAGGCUCAACACCCGGGUCCUGCGCGUCGCUCCCGCGCCGACGUCGUCCCGGUGGGCGGUGAGGUCCGUGCGGCUCCUCGGCACCACCGAGGAUGAUGAUGUUGCGCAGGAGGAGGAGGAGGUGUUCGACGCCGUGGUGGUGGCCACCGGCCACUACUCGCAGCCGAUGCUCCCGACCGACAUCGAGGGCAUGGGGGAGUGGACGCGCCGGCAGCUGCACAGCCACUCCUACAGGACGCCGGAGCCGUUCCUCGGCGAGGCAGUGGUGAUCGUAGGGUGCGGGAACAGCGGCAAUGACAUCGCGCUGGACCUCUGCCGUGUCGCCAGGGAGGUGCACCUUGCCGCUAGCUCCGAGGCCACGGCCGCCACGCCGGCCAUGUCGAGGGUGCUGAUGCUGGCCAACCACGGCGACGUGCUGCGCCUGCACGCGUGGAUUCGCCGUCUUCAGGCCGACGGGCGCGUGGAGUUCGCGGACGGCUCCUCCGUCGUGGCCGACACGGUCAUCUACUGCACGGGGUACACCUACUCGUUCCCGUUCCUGGACACUGCCGGCGCGGUCACCAUCGACAGCGACGGCUACGUCGUCGGCCCGCUGUUUGAGCACGUGUUCCCGCUGUCCCUGGCGCCGUCCCUCUCCUUCGUGGGCGUGGCAAAGAAGGUCCUGAUCCCGUGGUUCUUCGAGGUGGCGGCGCGGUGGAUGGCGCAGGUGUUGUCCGGCCGCCGCGCGCUGCCGGCGGAAGAGGAGAUGCUGCGGUCCGUGGAGGAGCACCUCCGCGCCAGGGAGGCUGCCGGCAUCGAAUCUCAGAAGAUGUACGAGUUCGGGGAGAAGUACUCGGACUUGGCGCCGCUGGAGGAGUGGAAGAAGGAGCUGCUCAUGUCCAGCAUCGCGAGCAUGAUGGCCGACGUGGAGACCUUCCGCGACCGUGCCUACGACGACAGCGAGAUCGUGCGGAAGGGCCUGCGGGGAUGGCUCGACUUGGCUGCUCAAGCUCAAGCAAAAUCUAUGGCUGUUGCCGUUGACGUUGAAGCUGAACGUGCAUGCCAUGGCUAAUUAAGCUGUCCUCAGCGGAAUUACGAGUAGA